CAGCAGGGCUCUUUGGAGGAAGAGAAAGUUUGGAAAAUCCUGUUCCUUUGGUGUUACCAUCUCUGUCUUAGCUGAACACUGUUCCAUGAUGCUGGGCAGGUCAUUAGCUGAUGGGUAGCAAACGCCAUCUGUAUUUGAAAUGCCAUCUGUAAAGCUGUGGUUUUGUUUUCAGCUGAGAUGUUGCUCUUGAGAACAGCGUGGAAAUCUCAAGCUGGUACACAAGGGAACAUGACUAUCUACUUCUACCUUCUCAGCACCCUGAGCAAUUAAACACAAAAGCCUUUGUUCCCUGGUGACUACAUUCUUAAGAGGCCUUUUUAAUUUUAGUCCUUAGUUUCAGGAAGAAAUAAUGGGAAUUUGUCAUUGACGAGAAUGCUGCAUCUCUCAAAUGUCAUGUGAAGGAUCCACUCCAUAAUUCAUGGGCUAGGGAGUGUGGGUGUCAAAAGGAGGGUGCAUAAUGGAUGUAAGAGAUUUCAGUUCAAUGAAACUAUUAGUCUUAAAGGCAGCUUUUCUUACCUGUAUGGCAUUCUCUUGACCCAGAUCGCCACACUUUUUGCUAAAUCAUCCAGAUAUCCAGAUAUUUUUAGAUUUUCUUAAGAGUGUGGUGAGUUAUUGGUUAUUUUUGUACAGUUUAUUCCCCUUCCAAUGCAGAUGGGGAGUUGCACAGUAAUACCAGAGCAGUGCUGAUUGAUUUUUCUUCUGUCACUGCUGUGCCUGUAAGCCAUGCAUUGGUGUGUGUAGAAAUGCUGCUGUUUCUUAUCAGUCCUUCUCUUUCCAUGGAUUCUGUGAGUUAAACUUGUUGUGUGAUGAGGUGGAUAUUGCUGUUGGUGUGCUGAGAAAGGGGCCUUCUCCCUUCUCUGCUGUAGGAUGUGAGUAAGAGCAAAUGCAGCUUGGGCUGCUGCGGGUCUGAUGGUAAACAUGGACUGUUGGCUUCCCAGGUCCUGGAAGAUUGCAGCAGACACAGACCUCCAGAUCUCUACAGGCUGGAAGAGUUACUUCCCUGCAGUCAGCUACUGCCUCUCAGCUUUGUCUGUGUUCCUGUCCUUGGCAGAGUAAAUUAACUGCCUGCCUCAGUCCGAAGUGAAUUAAGGAGCACUCGUAUGAUUUUCUUCUUGCAGUCAAGCUGAGCUCUGACAGAAUGUCUAAUUAUCUGCACUAAUAUCUGACCAGCAGCAAUGGAGUUAGCAUUGGUGAUUGUAUUGCCAGACUAACCUCCAGUAGUGGAGGUGCAGCCUUUACUUCAGCAUUUCUCCUUCUAGUGUUUCUUUCUUGUAAUGUGUGUUUGUGUGCAGAUACAGGAUGCUCCUCUGCACUGUGGGUGUUCAAACCCCAUCUGUCUGGGAGCUGUGUGGGGCACGCUGAUACCGAGUGUUGGGGCGGAGCUCUGCUUCAGGAGCCGUUGCCUGCGAGUGAGGCAGGAGUAAGCAAAUAAGCUUUUCUCAGGUAUCAGGAAUGUCUUCUGAGCCCACUUCAUCUGCCUCGCAGCAGUCCCCCACCUCUCCACCCUCACCCAGUUCUCUCCAUCUGCCUGAAAACCGCAGGGUGAGAGAUCGCUCCCCGUCACCCAUGAGAGGAUACCUCAUCCCCAGUCCGCUACCCACCCGACGGACCAGGACAUUUUCAGCAACUGUCAGGGCAUCGGAGGGUCCCAUCUACAAAGGCAUCUGUAAAUGCUUCUGUCGCUCAAAAGGCCAUGGCUUCAUUACCCCAGCAGAUGGGGGGCCCGACAUCUUUGUGCACAUCUCUGAUAUCGAAGGCGAGUAUGUUCCUGUGGCAGGCGAUGAGGUCACCUACAAGAUGUGUACCAUCCCUCCAAAGAACGAGAAGCUUCAGGCAGUGGAGGUGGUGAUCACCCACCUCGCUCCUGGAACCAAGCACGAGACCUGGUCGGGGCACGUUGUCAGCUCCUGAGGCAUCCCAGAGCGAUGUGGCUGCUGCCUGCACGGUCACUGCUCGGCUGCCUGCAGGGGACCUGCCCGAAGAAUAUUCUACGUAUUGUGUGGGAGGAGAUGCUGCAUUGUCAAUAAAGCAGAAGCAGGCCAAAUUUCCCAAUUUUACAGCUGGCCUGGGAAAAAAAAAGGGGGGGGGGGGGGGGCAAUUCAAAUGCUAAUGAAAAAAAUCUAGCACAGUGUGUUUACAAAAAGUGUAUUUUAAAGAGACCUAGUUUGUGUGCUUGGUGGAGGAGGGAAGGUUUGUUUUUUCUUUUAUCUUGUGAACUGAUUCCAGGAGAUGCCCAGGGGAAUUGGGAGAGGUUUGAAGGAGAGCUCUUCUAAUGUGGGCUGCUGGAGCAGAGGCAUGAUCCGAGGCCCUGGAGGUGUGUGAGCACUGUGGGCCCUUGAGAUGCUGGAGUACACUUACUGCUAAUAACAGUUCCUGAAUGCCUUGGCUGGAGAGAUGGAGGGGUGCUCGUUGCUGUGAUUUGUUUGCCUCAUGGAAGGAAGUUCACAAACAGAGCAGCUGCCGCAGGGUGGAAAAUCUCCAUCUGGUGGUUACGCUCCAAUGACCAUGGCUGGGUGCCCUUCAGGUGCACCGUUUGCAAAUGGCACAUCUGCGUAUGUGUGGAAUAUUGUAGUUUUAAUGCCUGCAUUGUUUGUGAAUUUACUUAGGUGCCUUGAUGGGUGAUUAGCAACAGAUUUUAAAGGCCAGUAUUAAAAAACCAACAACAGACAAACAAAACUAACCCCAAAAAAUUGCUUCAAGGUAAGUGGUAGAAAGCUGUAGAGUAGUGGAUACUUCACAGCCUCUGACUGUGUGUGAAUUUAGACAAAGCUGAAGAUGACCUUCUUGGCUGCAUGUAGUUGAAUGUCUGCCAUGGUAUUCCACUGGGCAGGCAGGAUAACUGUACUCCUGAAAAUCAAGUUACGUGCUGUUCAGAUGACUGUCUGUAAGAUGCUGUGUGAGUUACUUAACAGGCUCAGCUGUCUUGGUGAAGUAGAUUCUGCAGAUGUUUCCCUGGAAAACUUGCUUGGUAGGAUGUGAUAUGGUCACCCUUGCCCAGACUCUUCUCUGCCUGCAAGAUUUCGUGUAGUUGUAGUGCAGCUAAAUUAGUUCUGUUCCUCUUUGCCUUCCACAUCUCUUUUUCAAAUGAAGCAUUUUUCUCUAUUGUGUUUCUAACAGUGGAU